CUCCUAUUCUUAUUGAACUUGCAUUUGAUAUAUUUUUCCUUAGUCCUACUAAUUUUAAAACCUUUAGAUUUUAGAGGUUAUUUCAAAAUCCUCUUUGAUAAGUAUCACCUUGGCUAUUUCCGAAAGGUGGGGAUGAGGUAUUUUCACCAGCUGAGAAACAAGUUUUAUUGCCCUGUUGUCAAUGCAGACAAGCUCUGGUCUCUUUUGCUAGAAGAGGUUUUGGGAAAGGGGGAGCUUCCGCCCCAUCCUCUUGUUGUUAAGACGAAGCUUGUUUCAAAGAGGGCGGAGAAGAAGAUUAAAGAGGCCAAUAGUGUUGUUGUUCUUAUUGCUUAGGUUGGUCUUUUUUAUCUCUUUGAUUUUGGUUUCGUUCUUGUUUUUCCCUCUUCUUACAAUUGAUGGUUUGGUUUUGGAUCCAUUGUGGAUAUUGGGGAGAAUGUAGGUUGCAACUUGGUUCUAAGAUGCAGUUUCAUUAGCCAUUUAUGUAAGAAAAUGGGGCUUUAGUUUGUUUUACUUUGCUCAAAAAAGUUUUUUUUUUUUUUAUUCGAGGUAUUUGGGGAGUGAUGUUAUGUUAAAAAGUGGACUUCUUUCCAUACAUAAGUUGUUUCAUAUUUUUUCCUAGUAAAUUUUCUUUUUUCUUAAACUUUCUAGUUCGAAUGUUUUUUUAGUAAUUUCUUUAGAUACAUUUGCCAUUUCAUAUUUGAGGCUUUAGUAAAUUUCUUUACAUACCCUUGGUCUAAGAAGGGUAAGGUCCUUAAACUUUCCCUUAACCCAUCUCAAAACUGAGAAAAGGAGGUGGGUUAUAUUAGGUAGACAUCCACCAUAAAACUUUGCCAAAUUUUCCAUGAAUCUACGUAAUCUGCUUAUGCUAGGGCAUUCCCUGCAAGGGAUGCAUUGUAUUAGAACCCGGGUACAACGGGAAAUGAGCAAGGGUUAGCUAUGGUGUUCCAAAAAAGCGACGUGCCACAACGUUGCCCGGUUGCAUAAAAAAAUAGGCAAAGGUUCUGUGACAUUCUGGAUGAAUGUGGGUAAAAAAGGUAGUCGAAGAAAAUAGGAUUUGUUUAGCCACAUAGAAUGUAGAAACGCCUACACGUAAGAGUAUGGAGUUAAUGGAUACAUUGAGACGAAUGAGUAAACAUUGCUUGUCUACAUUGGGACGAGUGAGUGAUAGGGCAAGUUGAAAGCUCAAGGAACAGUGGGCUUGAUUAGCUGAUUGGCCUAGUUCGGAUGGGAGAGAAAGCUAACGCUUAACAAAAGAGAUGGGUAUAAACUUUGAUAUACAUGACAGGAUAAUAACAGAAAUGGCAUAGGCAUAACAAUAGACAAAUAUUUAAAAGAUAAAUAGUUAAUGUCAAAAGAGUAGGUGAUAGGCUCUUAUUAAUUAAACUUAUAUUAGGAAAAGAGUUAAUUAAUGUAAUGAGCUUUUACACACCACAAGUAGGAUUAGAUGAUAGAAUUAACAGACAGUUUUGGGAGGACAUGGAAUGACUAAUCAAAAACAUACCAAAUGGAGAGAUGAAUAUAGGGAAGAAUAGUAGAGGAUAUGAAAGUGUAUAUUGGGGAUUUGGGUUUUGUUAAAAAAAUGAGAUGGGUCACGCUAUCAUAGAUUUUGUUAUGGUCUAUGACCUAGCAAUAGCAAACGCUUUAAAGAGCGAGAUGAACAGUUAAUAACCUAUAAAAGUGGAUAAUAUAAAAGCCCGAUAGACUUCCCAGUUAAGAAGACAAAUCGACCAUCAUGUAAAAACUAUAAGGUUAUCCCAAGAAAAAGUUUGAAUACGCAACAUAGGCUCAUGGUUAUGGGCAUCUGCAUAAAGCGAUGAAAGUGAAGGGUUGAAAUUAAUAGGUUUCCAAGAAUUACGUGGUAGAAUUUUAAAAAAUGAGAAAAUACACUUAUUUAAGGGCAAAUUAUUUAAAGAAGGAAAAUGAAAGUCUGAACAUGAAGUUAAUUGCUCUAUGGAAUAAGAUGGUUGAUUCUAGACCAUAUUAAAUGUAUUAAUAGCAAGAAUCAAAAGGUCUUGAUGAAGGAUGAAGAGGUCAACAAAAGGUGGAGAAAUUAUUUUUAAAAUGAUUAAAGGAUGAAUACAAUGGGAAUACAUCAAUAGAAGGAACCGUUGACAUAAAUGAGAGCGGAGGUCAUGAUACAUUCGUAGGAUUAGAAUAUCAGAAGUGAAAGAAGCUUUGAAGAGGAUGAAGAUAGAAAAGGCUUUAGGACUAAAUGGUAUCCCAAUAGAGGUUUGGAAGUGCAUAGGGGAGCUUAGUAUUGACUGGCUGACCAAGCUAUUCAACAAGGUGUUGAGAACAAAAAUGCCAGAUAAAUGGAUGAAAAAUAGUGUGAUACCUAUUUAUAAGAAUAAAGGAGACAUACAGAAUUAUACAAACUAUCGAGAGAUCAAACGUAUGAGCCACACUAUGAAGGUGAGGGAGAGAGUGAUUGAGCAAUGACUAAAGCAUAAAACGCGUGUAUCAGAAAACCAAUUCAAUUUUAUGCCAAGGAAGUCAACAAUUGAGGCUAAUUUCUACUUAGGCAACAAAUUGAGAAGUUUAGGGUGAAGGGAAAAGACCUCCACAUAGUCUUUAUUGAUCUAGAUAUUUAAUUUGGUGGGUGUUGGAAAAAAACUGAGUCCCUAAAUAUAUCAACUUGGUGAGAAAUAUAUAGGAGGGAGCACUAACUAGUGUGUGAACAACUAAUGGAGAGAUGAGUUUUCAGUGACAAUAGUUCUACAUCAAGGGUUAGCGUUGAGCCCAUAUGUCAUCUUAGUUAUGGACGACUUAAUUAGGCACCUACAAGAUGAGGUACCGCGGUGUAUGUUGUUUGAGAACAACAUAGUUUCGAUCAAUGAGACCUGAAGUGGCAUCAACACAGCUAGAACUUUGGAGGGAUGUUCUAAAAUCUAAAGGUUUUAAAAUUAGCCAGACUAUGACAGAGUAUACGGAAUGCAAGUUUAUUAAUAAUAGGAGUAGAGACGAGGAAUAGUUAA